AUGGACGGCGGAGGUCCGGCGGAUACAGAGAUGGCGGAUGCCCCACAACAGCAGCAGCCUCCUCCACAGCAGCCACCGCCUAUGGGAGGUGGAGGGGUGGAGAAUAUACCUGCAACGUUGAGUCAUGGAGGGAGGUUUAUACAAUAUAAUAUAUUUGGAAAUAUAUUUGAAGUUACUGCUAAGUAUAAACCUCCUAUUAUGCCUAUUGGUAAAGGGGCUUAUGGCAUCGUCUGUUCGUCGUUGAAUUCAGAGACAAAUGAGCAUGUGGCAAUAAAGAAGAUAGCGAAUGCUUUUGAUAAUAAGAUUGAUGCAAAGAGGACACUUCGUGAGAUCAAGCUGCUUCGCCACAUGGAUCAUGAAAACGUUGUGGCAAUCAGGGAUAUAAUUCCUCCACCCCAGAGGGAAUCAUUUAAUGAUGUUUAUAUUGCAUAUGAGCUAAUGGACACUGACCUGCAUCAGAUCAUUCGCUCCAAUCAAGUGUUAUCAGAAGAGCACUGUCAGUAUUUCCUGUAUCAGAUCCUCCGUGGAUUGAAAUAUAUACAUUCUGCAAAUGUCCUGCACAGAGAUUUAAAACCUAGCAAUCUCCUUUUGAAUGCCAAUUGUGACUUGAAGAUAUGUGAUUUCGGUCUGGCUCGUGUUACCUCCGAAACUGAUUUUAUGACGGAAUAUGUUGUUACAAGAUGGUAUCGAGCACCAGAGCUGCUCUUGAACUCCUCAGAUUACACUGCAGCUAUUGAUGUGUGGUCAGUAGGUUGUAUAUUCAUGGAGUUGAUGGAUCGAAAGCCCCUAUUUCCUGGUAGAGAUCAUGUGCAUCAGCUUCGUUUGCUUAUGGAGCUGAUUGGCACUCCAUCAGAAGCUGAGUUGGGGUUUUUGAAUGAAAAUGCAAAGAGAUACAUUCGACAGCUCCCACUUUAUCACCGUCAGUCAUUCACUGAAAAGUUUCCUACAGUCCACCCAGCAGCAAUUGAUCUUGUAGAAAAGAUGUUAACUUUUGAUCCCAGACAGAGGAUUACUGUUGAGGAUGCACUUGCUCAUCCAUACCUAACAUCGCUCCACGACAUCAGCGAUGAACCGGUCUGCACGACCCCCUUCAGCUUUGACUUUGAGCAGCAUGCGCUGACCGAAGAACAGAUGAAGGAGCUUAUUUAUAGGGAAGCUCUUGCAUUCAACCCUGAAUACCAGAAUUAG